CAUUUGCAACUGCAGUGGGAAACAAAGAUGUUGCGUUUGGAGCUGUUGCUGCUGCUGCUGCUGGGAAUCGUAGUCCUUCGUUGCCAGGCGGAUUGCAAUACCUGCGCCUCGCCGUCCAACAUUGCCUGCGUCUCGGACACCCAAUUUCAGUUCUGCUCAGGUAAUGUGCUAAUCGAGCCAGUCAACAAUUGCCCCGAUGGCACCUACUGCACUGCCGAAUCAGCCAUUUGCCAGUCGGACAUCGCACUCAAGGCGUGCACCGGUUGUGCCCAGUGCAACGAUCAACUGAGUUUCGCCUGUCUAGGCGUAAGGACAUUCGCUCUGUGCCUGGGCACGAAUACGCCAUCGAAUAUCACGGGCAGCUGUACGGCGAACUAUGUCUGCAAUCGUGAUAACCCCAACAUCUGCAGCAGUGCUGCACUCGGCUCUACGGCCACUUGUCCGCUGGCUGAUGAUGAUUUGCAAACAACAGUCUAUCCCAAUGUUGUCGUGACACCCAACGAAUAUUGUCGCAACGUGCAGAGAGCGGGACGUUUUCCCUAUGGCAACACUUUGGACACCACGUGCCAUCAGUACAUCCUUUGCUUCCAGAGCAAUAGUGUUUGGUAUGGUGGACUCUACAAUUGUCCCGGCUCAACAUAUUUCCAGGCCACAAUUCAAUCUUGCAACACAACAAUUCCUUCCUACUGCACCUCGGCUGUUCGCAGCUUGCAAGUUCGCAAUCUGUUGCUGCUUUGAAGGCCUUCAAAAAUCUAGUUAAUUACUUGCUAUUUCACUGUUGCUUUAAUUAAAUAAAUUCGUAGCGAGAGCAUGAGCAAUUUAUUAA